UAGUUAAUUGGAAUUGUGAGAGAUCGAGAAGAAUGUAAGUAGCGAUGAACCAAAUUAGUUUUCUCUGAUCGAGAGAAGUUUUAUUUUGUACAGUUCAAAUGAACAAAUUGUAUGUUUGGUUUCGUAGGGAGAGAUUGAGAUGUACUGUUCAGCUCAAGUAACAGAAAAUGAGUUUGCAGCAGUUCAACCAACAAAAGCAUUACGAUCGGACGGUUCAGAUGUCACAACCGUUCUUUUGGUUGACAACAAUAAUCGGUCAUCACAUGGGCGAUUUUUAAAUGUUAAACCGGCCGUUGGUUUGCUAACAUCAACCGCAAGAACGUUUAUCCAGGAAGGGGUUACCACCGAAUAUGCGACAAAAGUGUUGGGAACAACACUAGACAAUGGACGUUUGUACGCACAACUACUUACGAAAAGUUCGCGUGUUCUUUACGAUCACGAAAAUUCCCCAAAUCCCACAAAAUCCUAUUAUUCCCAACUUAAUGACAUUGUAUCAGAUAGUGAUGAGGGUGGCGAUUGGCCGCAUAAUAGAAAUGAAUAUGAUAAUCCGGUGACAUUCAUUAAAAACACGGAUUAUAUCUCACCAAAUCAGCCCUUAAAUGCGUUUUUGGUUUAUCCGACAGCUAGGCAAUCGCCGAUUUCUGAAAAUGAUGAGGUUGUUGACUACAGACGUAACGAGAAAAAAGAAAUUGUAAUGGCUGAUCACAUACGAGCUGAAGCGCUGGUUGAUCGACAACCAGAAAAUACCCUUGAUAGUGUACAAAACGUCAAGGAAUCGUUCAGCGUAUCGAAGAGUAGCAGUCAAGGCAACCAAGAAAAUGAUGGUAAAAUGAAAAUUAAAGUGGACAAAGUUCAACCUGCUAAUAAUCUUGCGACCUACACGAUUAAAAAUGAGUUUGCUCCCAGCGGAUUUUCUUGGGACGAUUCGGAUUACGAUGUGCAGACAGAAAAACAAUUUCUCACUACAGCGGAUAAAAGAAAUGGCAAAAUGUUAUAUCAAGUAGGUCUUCCCAAAGAAGAAAGAAAAUUGCCUACGGUGACGUAUUUUGGAUUUGCUGAUUUCACUACCAUUGUUGGCGACACCGUUAUCGUUUUUUCACCACAAACGGCCUCCCCAGUGAAUGUUGGCCAAAUCACUUCUAUCAAAGGUGAUGCUACACUUCAUAACGAUCCAGCAGUGGUUGUUUCAACAGUAAAAACAUUUUUAUCACAUGAACCAGGAAUGGUGACAGAAACAAUAAAGGGACAUACUAUCAAUAUGGAAACGACAUUACCAACUAUGGUCAUUGAACCAGUCACACCAUAUCGCCAAAGUAAAGGUGAAGAUGAAAUGGACAAUUCGGGUCACACAACACCUUUAUCGUCGACUGAUAAAUACGAGGUCACAACCAUAAGUGAUGAAAUGAUAGAGGAGAUGAUGGAGAAAGAAAUCGAGGAGGGAACGCAACGCAUUCAAACUGUUAGUCCAAAUAUGAUACAGCCUUCUGAAAUAACAUCAAGUUCAGUAACUUACUCGAAACCAUCCGAUGACGAUAUUGCUAAAGCUCUAGCUUCCAUAGCAAGUGUCAAAGCAGCACAAGAACAUACAGCCACCGAACCGCUAGAGACUCAAUUCGUUGCAUCCGAAACAAAAGUAUCUGGAGGCGUUACAACCAUUUUCUUUGAAGAUGAUCCAUUCGAUCAAUUUUUCCAAACUUCGCAGACUAGUGAACAAUCGAUUGAACCCACGCCAUCGUCGGUGAUAGAAGUACCAGUUAAGAGUUCAGAACCUGUAGCAGAAAAUGAUGUCGAAGUAACAACAAUAGGAGCUGAUUUGACAACAACUGAAGAAAGCUUGCCAGAAGCCACGACAUUUAAACAAAGUGAUAGUGAUAGUGUUAAUGACGAAGAAGAAGAAGAAGCGGAUGUUACGACAACAGCACCCAAAAUCGACGAAAUUGUUAGCGACAAGAAAGAAACUGUAGAUGCGAAAGAGACUGAAGACGUGAAAGCAGCUAUUCCAUCGUGUAUAGAAGAUAGCAUUCUGUCAUCUGCAACACACCUUAAGACGUUGACAUAUCUGACAACGUACUUCAUUCCUUUCGAGGAUACCACUACCACAUCAAUACACGCUCGUGAAGUUAUAUCAACUGACGUGAAUUAUGCAUGCAUUGCACCAACAUCUGCUGUCAUUGAGCCAAUCAUAACCACAGCCGUGAUAGAUAUUCCAGAAGUGAAAAAAGAACCAACAACAGUACCUAUAAAUAAGGCUGAAAAGGAAGAAGAAACCACCGAGGCUGUUAUGCAAAUUUCAACAGAAUCGAGCGUCACCGAAGCGACAAGUAAAGCAAAUGAUUCUAAUGAAAAGAAAAUUGAAGCCGAGGACGGUGGUGAAGGCGAUGAAAUUGAAUUAAUUUACAAAACACUUUACACAACCUACACGUACUUAACAACAUUCUUCCAUGAAUCUACAUCGAGCAUAUCAAGCCGCAAAGAAGUGGUGACGAACGUUAUCACAUCCACUUUAGAUAUGGGACAAUUGAGUACCGAUGAUGCGUUAUCGAAUUUAGUAGCACAAAUGGGUGGAAAGGACGCAAUUCAACCAACUUCUGUUGGAAUCGGACGACCAACAACAUCCUUCCAACCAAAUGAAAAUAAUCUGCAUGGAUUUGAUGAUGUUUUUUUGGAAGGAAAUCGUGAAGUUCAAGCUACUCCAGCACUUGAUACACAAAAUCUCGAUUUGAGCGAUAUUAAGACAUACUAUACAACAUACACAUACUUUACGACCAUUUUUGUUGAUGGAGAAACUGAAAUUUCGAGUCGAACCGAGGUAUACACGAAUUAUGUUGGAAAUACCAUAACUCCAACUGCCAUGGUUGAUGCAGCCAAAGAAUCCAUCUCAACAAGAACAUAUGACGACAGCGAUGACGUUGAAAACAAUAUUUUGGAACAUACAUCACCGGUAAAAUCCUACGACAAUACUAUCCGUAGAAAUCCUUCUGGGCAGAGCAUUGUAAACGAAGAUAGUACGGAAACAUCGACUGAAAGUGACGACGAAGAAAACAAUGUCAUACAGCCAAGCUACAGCACAAUGUUAAGAAGCGGUGAUGCGUCGUCCGUUGAUGACAAUACUGAGACCCCAAUAACAAUGGUCACAGACGUUAAAUCAAGUAGUUCCGAUGGUGAUAGACAGAUCAUUGAAAAUGUCAAUCGACAGUGGAAUGGUCUUUUAGAAGAUCAAAUAAGCUCCGAAAGUAAUACUGAAGAGAUUGUACCAUCGCCCACACUGCUAUUGCAGACUAGCUAUACCACAUUUACCUAUUUCACAACAAUGUACAUUGGAAAAUCAUCGAGCAAUAUUUUGAGCCGUUUGGAGACAGUUACAAAUGUAGUAACAGAAACACUUCAACCAUCUCGAGCUGUUCAAGAAGAGGAAGCUUCGCUGCCAAUCACAUACUUUACCACGUUCACAUAUUGGACAACAUUGUAUAAGGAUGGUGCAGUCACUACAACUAGUCGAGAAGAGACCAUUUCGAAUGUCAUUUCGCCAUCAGUUUCGAUUGAGCCGACAACCGUGGUUGAGCCGAUAUUAGCUACCACCAUUCCAACUCUAAGUGUUAAUGACGAGGAUGCACCUCCAGCUCAAGUGGUAACUACUAUGCCGUCAUCGUUAUCGCCAGUGGUGAACGCAAGUGAACCAACUACGUAUUACACAACUUAUACGUAUUUCACAACUUUAUACGUUGGUGACGAUACAGUUCUAAACAGUCGAUUCGAAACCGUCACAAAUGUUGUCGAACCUACAGUAACACCUAGUGCGCGAGCUAUCAAUUUACACAACACAAAGAAUGCUAUUCCUGCUGAGAAAAUACAAAAAACGAAAGUUUUUGCUCCAGCUUAUGUUCCCACGCCAGUAAAUGAGCCUAUUGAACCCACUCAACCAGCCGUAGUAAAUUCUGAACCCACUGGAAUUAUAUCGCUGAAUCAAGGCAAAAUAAUUGAUGCUGAAGGUAUAAGCACCAUAUUCUAUACAACCAAGGCUGUAGGUUCUAACAUCAAUGGAUUGUAUGCUCAAGUCAUUGAGAGCACAUCAUCGGUUAAAGUUGAUGAGGCUAAAAAAGCUGCACAAACUUCGUCAACUCCAGAAGUGCCCGGCAGUAGAGUUCAUAAAACGGGACUAGUUCGAUUGAUUGAGGGAACAAUAGUUUCUAAUCGAACCACUACUCUGUACGAAAGUAAGGUAAUUGGAACCGUAAUUGAUGGUCGUUACGCUCAGGUGAUUGAAAGUACUUCGAGUUUCUUGAUCGAAAAAACUCUCGAGCCAACGGGUGUGCUACAAGGGUCAAUUCAGCCUACAGCUACACUGUCAAUUGAAUCAACAAACAUUAUCAGUCCAACGUCAAGCGUAGUGCAAGGAUCAAUAAAUGAAAAUGGAGGUGAUGAUGAAACUGAGGAAGGCUACGAAGAUGAUGAAGAAGGCGAAGAUGAUGGCGAAGAGGAUGACGGAACCGGUAAAAAGAAGUCACGUUUAACAUUCCAGUCGAGAAAACGAACAUUUACUCCUGUUAUUCGUCCAUUUGCAUCAAGAGCACGUCCAACAUUCGCUCCUAAGCGAAAAAAUUUAAGUCCAAGCAGUGCUACGAUUAUUACUCGAUCCGACUUCACACCGACGAUUACCGCAACGCCAGCAAUCAAGUCUGAAAGCUCACGUGGUAGAUUUACGAGUAACAAACGCCAGAGCAGCUCAAUAUCUGUUCCAAACAGCAGCGUUGCUUCUUCAAGUAGUUCCAGACGAUUUUCACGACCAUCUCGUACAUCUGUUGCACCCGGAAGUGGAUUACCAUCUAGCACAUUACCCAGGUCACGUUCAUCAGCAUCAAGUCGUAUUCAACCAACAUCGACUAGUCUACCUGGAUCAAGUACUAGAAGACCAAAUAUCUUCAGAGCAAGUUCACCUAUUGCUAGGCCCAGCAUUUUACCAAGCAAUUCAAGAUUCCGUAUAAAUCCAACACAGUCAUCUUCAUUUAAUCGCGGAGGGCCAAACUCCAGUAUCAAUACAACUCCUCAUUCAGCAGAUGUCGAGGAAUCCGAUGAAGAUAAUCUGACUACAAAUGUGACAAAUUUCCCUACCGAUACAACAGGAGAUGAUGAAGUACAAACAACGACCGAAAAUAGUCGUCGCAACCAAAAUCCUCUUCUCCGCUUCAGACGACCUCUAUCUUCAGGACGCGCACAAUCUAUAAAUACAAUUGGAACGACAUCACGUCCUGCGACGAUAACCACUCGUCGAUCUCCGUUACUCGGUCGCGGGCGAACGACAUCAACAACUUCAACAACCACAACAACUCCAAAACCAAAACCAAGAACUUUCCAGCGUCCAGCAUUCACACCUCAAUCACCUUCAACUCUACCCGGUACUAGAACAAGACCUGGCAGUAGCCUUUUCCCACCAAGAGGUUUAUUCCGUCCAUCAACCACAAAUCGAGACCUUGACAAAGAGGACGAGAGUAGCGACAAUCAACUAAGUGAUGAAAAUAAAGACAUCAACGAUUUGACCAAUGAAGGUGAAGCAAACGCUGAAGACAACACUGACGACAGCAAUACACGAGAUACAAGAGAAAACAAGAAAUAUACAGUUGGAUUUCGCAAACGUGUUAAACGGCAGGUUGACUAUGGCACAAGAACGAAUAAUUAUUCGUCCAGGUAUCGGCGUCCAACACCUAUAUCUAGAAGCAUAGUAGAUGAGAGUGAAGAGCAAGAAAUACAAACAACUAGACCAAAAGUUACAACAAUUGGUAGAUUUACACCAAAUGAUAGAACAUCGAGAUUGCAAAACGUAAACUCAAACGCGAACUCGGCCAACAAAAACUCUCAAUCCAACAAUAGAAUCAGACCAACCUCAUCGUCAAGUCAAUCUGGACGAGCACAAUUUACGCUUCGAGAGAAAGACAAUCUAUCAACUAAUUCCCGCUCGAAUUUUCGUAGAGGAAACAGCAAUAGUUACUCAUCAACAAAUCGACGAAAAACACCAACCACUGUCUCUUCGCGUCCAAAAUCUCCACGGCUUCGAAACUAUUCGGGAAUAGUUACAGAAUCGCCAUAUAAUUCCAGAAAUACAAAUAGCCGAUCUCGAGCAUCUCGAGGAAGACCUACCAGCCGAACAAGAAGUCGCAAUGGUCAAGAUAAUUUGGAUUAUGCCAUCCAACCGAGUUUUGAUGGAACCAUUACGGUGACACAUCACGUACCAACUGAGAUCACUAUUCCCGUAGUCAAUGGAAAAGUGACAGAAUACAAAAAUAUCUUGACUGCUAAAGUAAGCACCGAAGUAUUAGGACCUAAACAAUACUCAACCACCAUUGGCUCUAAUGGCAAAAAUGUUAUCGUUCUGAACAACGAAAUAACAGGAAUCGGAAGUCUCGGCGCAACAGAGAUUACUCAAUUUUUCCUACAAGAAACACCAACCACAUCCAUUAUUUUCACUCCCACGACAAUUCGGGGACGAAAAACGUCAUUCUCGCACGUGGUUCCAAGUACUGUGUACAAUGUAGAGGAAGUAAUUAGUACUAUUCAGCCACAAAUCGCAGCUAAUGCACCUUUGGCAAACAUUUUAUUGUCACAGUUGCUACUCGGAAAUCUUGGUAUACCACAACAACAACAACAAAUUAAUCCAUUACUUGGAGUACCUCAGCCAAUGAUACAACAAGGACCUGCUGUCCCACAAACAGAGUUCAAAGUACGAACUACAACCUAUGUGACUACCGUAACCAACGUCAUGUCAACUGUGAUUCCACUUACUUUCCGCGGCAAAGAAAUUCUAACAACUAUUGUCGAUAACAGUGUGGAUGUCAUAACAGCAACGGAAUUUCUGACAGACACAAUUGUUUCAACGCCAACGGUGGUACAACAACCGCAACAAAUUAAUAGUUUGUUCCUGAAUCAAUUACUUCUCCAACAACAGCAACAGCAAGCACAACCACAACAACUUCUUCAACCCUUGACAAACGACCCGAUCGCUCAAAAUCUUUUUAACGAGGGUAUCAAAGUGGACAGCGAUGACUCGACACAGUCGAACAAAUUAUAUUCAGCAGAUGUGGACGACAGAGAAUAUGACGAUUAUGCAGAACAAGAUCAAUUAGAUAAUGUUCCAACAGUCAAUAAAGUCAUGGUACAGCGAAAAUCGAAUCGUAAAUACAACAACAAUCGUGCCCAGAUUUCACAGUCACCCUUAGAGUCAAGUGUAAUAACGCUGUAUGUGUCAGGCCGAAGACCAGGUGAAUUUAGCACUGUUCUAUCGACAGUAAUCUCUACUCCAGAUAGCUCACUACAGAAACGUGCUGUUGUUGAGUAUGAAGAAGUUAAACCUUCAGUAAGCAUCAAUGAUAUCGAUUUAUAUGAAUCGGAAGGAAGUGACAUUGAUGAGUACAUUUUACCAGCAAGUGAUAUCAGAAUCGAAUCCAGUAUCGAUGACAACCAUUCGGAAACUGCGAGCUUAGAGAGCAUCAUUGGGGAUGUGAGUAAAUAUAUAAAUAUGAAUGGAGAUAUCUCAAAAAUGGGCAUAACAACAACAACCGUACACGCCCAAAAACAACAAGCACCCAAAAAUACUGCUUUUUUAGCGUACUAUUCCGACCAACCGAAUAAUCAAACUACUAUUCAUCGGGGAGAAAUUUUAAGCGACAGCAAUAAAAACCUGCUGAUCGAAAUGAUGGAUGGCAGUGAUCAAUUCAAUGUACAAAAGUUCACACAACGUAGAUUUAAGAGAGAUAAUUUAUUAGCAACAGAGGACAGUGACAAUCACGAAGAACAGAAUAUUCCUCCAAAACGAAUGCUGAAAGUUCGUCGUAGAAAAAUCACAAAGAUAGUUACUGAACCGGAAAUACAAUCCACAAUGGAAGAUUCUUCGCAAACAAUUUCAGUAAAUCCGACAAGAAGGCGAAUCGUUGUGACAAAAUCACGACGAUUGAAAACUGAAGAACAGUCGAACGGUGAAUUAUUGAUGACAUCAUUUUCACCAGAUUAUGUUAAGACUGACGCAGAAACGCAACAAAUACCAAAACGUUUGCGAAAAGUGACAAUAACCAAAAGGAAACUUAUUAAACCAACAUCAAUGCAAACUACCUUAAACGCAAUUGUGACCACAUCCACAUAUCAAUCAAUCGAUGUGCCAUUUAAAACUGAUGAUGAAAACGAUCGGCCAAUUGUAAAAGUAAAGAAAUUACCAUCCAGUAAUAAGAAACAUAUUCCGAUCACUACAUCGUCAUCACCAAUUAUCCCAAUUAUCCAAACUCCAUCCCAUUUAUCCUACACAACCACAUCCGAAUAUUAUGAUACUACUGUUAAAACAACGACACGUCCACGCACGUUUACGUACGUGGUAACGCGUGUACACGAUAACGAAUCACAGAUCAUGUCAACAACAACGGUUCGUGAACAGACGAAACCAGUCACAGAAACUCUGACGAGGACUAAAACACCAAGUACCAUCGAUAACGGUCGAGCAUUGGGGUUUGGCUUGUAUAUGAUGGACAGCAACAAUAAUGGCGACGAAGCAAGGUAUAAUUUAGCUACACGCAUAAUGUCGAAUGGCGUAGAGGUUAUUGUAGCUGGUGACAAAAGUACACUACCCGGUGAACCGAACGUUUUGAGAAUACUACCGAGCAGCCACUACAAACAAACAACAAUGCCGGCUAGUACAUUGAAAGGGGAUCAUAUGGUGAUGAUGCUUCCAGAUAAUUUAGAGAUUGACGAGUUGUCCUCUUCGCUAUACGAUUUAAAUAAAUUUGUAACGCGAACUUGUUUGACAACUUAUACAUUCUUGACGACAUAUCUUCAAGAUGGUACUACAACGGUCGAAAGUAGAGAGAAAGUUAUAUCGAAUACAGCUACAGAGGAACGAAACUUGUUAAAAAUAAGUCCGACACCGACUGCCGGUUUGACCUUCACACAGACACCAAAACUGGCUAUAGGAACUUUUCCUACAACCUACACAUAUCUCAAUACAAUUUUCGAUGGUGAUCAGCCAAUUGUACUUACUUCGAAACACACUGUCACGAACACUAUUACCGCUCCUGAUGAUUACCUCUCGUUAUUGCAACCAUCAGAAUCUGUUACAGCUAUCCACGACACCAACACCUAUUACAGUACAGUAGCUUUAACGAAAACAAUACACGAUGACGAUCAGACAAAACUUAUUAGUACAGACACUGUCUUUACCCAAAUCGUGAUUACCGAAUCACUUCCAUCGAAAAUGACGUCCGUUAUGACCUCAUACGUUGCAUUUGAUGUUGAUGAUCCACUUUCCAAUGAUCUUAAAGAUUUAGCUACCACUGAUGUUGUUAAGACUUACUACGUAACUUACACUUACUUAAACACUUUACUUGACAACGGUAGUAUGAUAGUGCGAACAAACGUUUCGACAUCAUCCGAUAUAGUCACCGAGAAACUAUAUUUAUAUUCGAAAAGAACAGAAGCGGUUCAGGCCACAACACCACCUCAUGUAAUUGACUCUAAGCCGUCAAAGCCAUUCGAUUCGAUCAAUAUUUACGCAACGAAAACAUAUUUGACCACAUUCACUUACUUUACAACAUUGCUCCAAGUUAACAGCAACGAAAGGCACGGUUCCUCGACAGUUGUUGAUUCGCACACCAACAUUGUUGAGAAUGUGAUAACUGAAUCGAUUCCCAAUAGUUUAUUCCCGACUGAAUCCUUGAGUUCGUACUACUCAGCCGUACAGACAGCCAAGAAUCCAAAUGGAAUCGUGACAUUAGCUACACUACUAGAGGGUCAGACAUUAGAAGUUACAGCCGUUGCACCGUCAGAAACUAUAAAAAUGAGUUCUACGACCAAAUUUGUGGACAAACUAGUGGAAGAAAAUGUUGACGAAAAUAUAAUUCCUGAUGACGCUAGUGCAGAGGCCCAGCCUGCAACAAGCAACACGAACGGAGGACUACAAAAUAACAAAAUUGAAAAAAUCGAUAAUCCAGUGAGUGAUUUGAUUGGAUCGUUCAACUUAAACAGCCUAACUGCAUUCGGACCCAUGUUUAAUGCUUUAACCGGAUUGAUCCAGAAUAAUUUUGCCAAAAAUUCCAACGACAGAAAUACAACUAUUGUGAGACAUGUUCGAAAUGGAACAACUACCAUAAAGGAUGAAAAGGGAGAAAGUAUUGUUCCAGCUGCUUUGAAUGAUAUUAGCGGUAGAAAUCCUAUUUAUAUUCCUGUUGGUGGCAUAGGUGAUGAAGAUAUAGAGAGUGCUGAAAGUCAAAAUAUUCAGCUGCCACAAUUGAAUUCAUUUGUUCCUCCUUCACCUCCCUCUGUGAAAUGGAUUAAUGACAACGGAAAACAAGAGUUAGUUAUAGGAAAACCGAGUCCGUUACUAAGUGGAAUCGCUAUUUCUCCAGGUGAGGUCAUAACCGCUAAUUCAGAUGUGAUAAUUGGACGUCCGACUGUUGGUGUUAGCCCCAGAAUACCAUUACAUUCAGAUCUGGAUGAUAAACUGUUUUUGGAUCCACCACCAAUUCAACCGUUGCCUCAUCAUCCCAAUAAAAAUAUUCGAGAUUCGAUUCCGCUGCAAUCCAUACAAACGGAAAGCUACAUUGGCCCGCCGCCUCCCUUACAGCAACAGAAUCAAAAAAAUAGACAAAACGUACACAAAAAUCAAGUUCAUGACAGCCAUCGACCGCCCGUAAUUCCCUUCAACAAUAUACAAAAAGAUCGUGGUCACCAAGAAACUCGAUUGAGCAAUUCAAAGAACAUUUUAUCGAAUUCUUUCUUGCAUCCUCCUCCAUUGAAACCACAAGUGAAUUUUCACCAAGAACAUCAAUUCCGACAUAAACCGUCGUCACCGAACGUCCCGAAUAUACCGUUUAUUCAAUCAAAUGAUCAUCAUCACCCUCAACCGCAAAUAAAUCAUCAUAAGUCCAAGCAGCAACCUCAACAACUAUUCAAUCACUAUCAACAACAGCAACUUCAAAUAAUUCCAGUGCCAGCAAUACCAGCACAGUCACAUCCUAAUGUUCCUCCACUUAAGCAAGAUACACUAUUCGAAAUACAGCGAAUUCCAGAAGUGUUUAGUACAGAUUUGCCACCGAUUCAUGUAUUAGAGUAUCCAAUCGAACCAUCAUUACAAGCCCAGGUCCCCCAUCCAUCAACAUUCUUGCCUCUACCAGAAAUUCAACAGUCAACGGGACAAUCAUUAUUAGUGGAUAUACAACCAUCGCAAAUUGCAAAUGUUAUCAUUCCGCAUGGAAGUACAACUGCUCUUAUCUAUGGAGGAGCGAAUGAGUUGCAUAAAAAUGGACAGUAUUUUGACGAACCAUCUCCAUAUAUCGAUGCCGACAUCAACUUAUUCUACACGAAUAAGCCCAACAAGACUAACAGUAAUGUAAUAAAUGUGGAUGCACCUCAUAACCAUCAAAACACUCAUGUUAACAUCCAGCCACAUAGACCGAUCGCAGCAAAUCACGAAAUUAAUAUGAAUGCUAAUGUAUUAAGUCAAGAUGUUGACUUACACGCUCCUCCCAUCAAAUUCACUUUGAAAGAAGAAAAUUAUGCUCAACAUCCGUCUGUUAAUUUGAAUCAACACGUUGACUUUAAUGGCGUUAAUACCCAUAUAGAGCACGAGGUUGAGAUUGAUAACGUUGUCAGCUCAUCAAUACAUAAAAAUGAACAUCGACCAGUGUUGGCCCAAGGUUCAACAUCCACGACACCAAGCGAUUUGACUGACUUAUUUAAUCAACAAUCAAAUUAUGUUGUCCCUCAUUACAAUGGUCAAGACUUUAAUCGUCAACCGAACACAUACAAUUAUUAUAGCCAAAAUAACGGUGAGCCAAAUCAGAUUAACAUCAACGAGCACAUCAUCCACAAUGGUUCCUAUGUUUCCAAUAAUAUUCAAAAUGGAAAUAAUUAUUAUCACAAGAAUUCACCGAAUGUUAUAGAAUAUAACGGUCCACCUCCGAGCAGACAGAGACAACGUCCUAACGUGGCACCACUCAAUGAGGUCAAUACAAAGUCUCAAACUCCUCCAUUCUACCAUCAGUACUAUCCGCAGCAACAUGUAAAUCGACCUUCUGGAACGAACACAUUCUUCCAUUCAAAUGUACCACAGCAAUCUCAGUCAAAUCGUCCAACGCCUGGUAGAAUUGUUAACUAUGAGCAGCCACCUCAAGUCCACCAAAAACCGGUAUAUAUAAAUCUUCACGAGCAUGUUGACACUCAUGUUACUCAGCCUUCGAAUGCUCCCUCAGUGGAGGAUGUAAUCGUGGACGAACAUAAAGACGACGAUUUAGAAAACGAAGAAGGAGAAGUCAUUCAAGAGUCUAAUUCUGUUCCAGUUGUUCCUGGACAGAGACCGAAAGAUGUGUUUAACGUAGAGGUACCAACCUCAUCGCCAAAGACAAUGUUUUACGAAAUACAUCACCCAAGCUCGUACGGCGACAACAGAGUCAUUAAUACACAAACUGAAAGCAAUCAAAUAUGGAACGUAUCCGACAUCAAUAAUGUAAACACCGGUAUUAUUGGAAACAAGAAACCUAUUCGAUACCCGACAGCUCCACCAGCUAUUUUAAUCAAUGAACUGAGUCCUAACAAUUUGUAUCUUUCGACGACGGUGCCACCAAUAAAUAAAAAUCGUCAGGAGUACGGAAACCAUCAGGAGUACGGAAACGGUCAGGAGUAUGGAAAUCGGCACGAGUAUGGAAAUCAUCAGGAGUAUGGAAAUAAUCAGGAGUACGGAAACGGUCAGGAGUAUGGAAAUAAUAAGGAGUAUGGAAAUAAUCAGGAGUAUGGAAAUCGGCACGAGUAUGGAAAUCAUCGACGACCCACAGUUCCUGUGCGUCCAUUAGAGAGCCCACCUUUGCAUCCUCACGGAAGCUCUACUGCAGUUAUUUACGGUGGAACGAAUGACGUUGCUGCUCCUGAACGUCCAUUAGAAAAUCCUCCCUUGCAUCCUCACGGAAGCUCUACUGCAAUUAUUUAUGGUGGAACGAAGGACGUUGCGGCUCCUGCACGUCCAUUAGAAAAUCCUGCCUUGCAUCCUCACGGAAGCUCUACUUCAAUUAUUUACGGUGGAACGAAGGACGUUGCUGCUCCUGCACGUCCAUUAGAAAAUCCUCCCAUGCAUCCUCACGUAAGCUCUGCUAUUAUCAUCGGUGGAACGAAAGGAGUUUACAGUGGAGUUACUAGCAAUGGCAACGUACACGAACCUCGUCCAUCGCUACAGCCUCCACCAAGACCAGCUCCAGAGCGCAAACCUAUCAACCUACCAAGACCAUCUUUAGAACCGCCAACUCAACGCCCAUCGACAAAUCCUUUCGUAGUAUCUAAAAACACAAUUGGUUUCAGCAAAAAUCGGUUGCAAAUAUCAAUGCCUAUUGAUACUACUGGUUUGGACUUCUUACCAAGCUUAGGUCAAACUGAAAAGCCAUUUAAUCCGCAAUACACAUCAACAGCGAAAGGAAAUCCAUUUGUUACGAGAAUACCAACAUCAUUCACAACCGUCAGACAAACAACUACGAUGAGUUCCACAUUGUCCUCAAAGACAACAACAACAUCAACAACUCCAUUACCGUCUACUAGUCCGGAACCGACAACAACAAAAGCGACAGUAAGAAGACCAGUUGAAAAAAUUCGAUUCGGCACCCAGACAACACAAAAUACAGUUUCUAAAGUGGAGAUUAGUUUGAAUACCGGUGAAAUUACCACAAAGAAACCGAUUGAGAAUUACGUUACUACUGAUGAAAGUGAGCCAUCGGGUGGCAUAUUCCAUGUUCAGGAAUCAAUUAAUCCGCACAAUUUUGCAUUUGUGAACGAAGAAAAAUUACCCAAUCGUAUUCAUCAUCAUCGUUUUGAUGCGCAAGAUGACAAAGCAAAGCACCAACAAGAUAAUUUGAAAUUGAACUACCCAGAACCUUCUGCAGAUAUGAUGCCUCCACCUCCGACUAAAUACCAUGAAAAUAUAGUUCCAACUUCCACAGAAGAGGUAAUGGGAUUGAAUCCACCUCCACUGCCCACAAAUGACGUAAUUAGUCAGGGUGGCAUAAAAAGUUCAACAUUGCUUCCACCUUACACUCAAAUAUCAAACGCUACCACACAAAAUGGAUUCCGUCCAACAAAUCGCCCUUACAGAUAUGAAAAUGUAUACCGUACACCGCAACGAACGGAAACAACAACUAUUAGAACUCGUACACGCGGCACUACCAACCAGCCUUAUCAACCAGUCACUCGAGGAACGCUGAAACCAAUUCCAUUGUUAGAACAAUCAGAAACAAACAGUGAUCUCAGUGUUCAAAAACCGCCAAGAAUAUACGAAAAUCGUAGGCGUCCGGAUAUACGACCGACUCCAAGUGUAACCACUCCGAAAAACUCAAUAAUUUCACCUCAAGUAAACGACGAUAAGCCGGACCAUCAAAAUCAAACAAAUACAAGACGAUACGAAGGCCAUAAUCGUCAAUAUACUCAACUAAACACAAAGUACAGAUUACCAAGCGAGAUUCUCAUUCUCGGCACGGAACAAUCGUUUAACGAAGAUCAAACGUCAUCCAGUUCAACUACAUCACUACCGACAAGACGGACACAGAUAUUAACGAAAGAUGAAUACAAAACUAUCUUAUCAACGCCUAUUUCUACUGAAAGGACGACAGGAACCACUGUUGUAGAGACACCAAAUGAUUCUGUAAUCGACCAACCUGCUAAUUCCGAUACAACUUCCUCACUAUUAAAAACCAAAUCUCCGCUAGUCAUUCUGCCCACUAGAUACAUCACAAACACUAAAACACUCACUGUUACGACCACGAAAACGACAGUUAUUCGAAGUCAAGGCAUUACAACCACCUUGACAUUAACUUUAACUAAAACGUCAACAAUUAUCGAUACAAUCACCCAUCAAAUCACUCAUACGCUGGUUCAACCAACUAUUGUUACGACAUCACUAAUGCCAGAAGAUAAAAUUGUGGCUACAUCUACUGUUCAAGAAGUGCCAGUUUUCUCUCAUUAUCCAUCCUUCCCGGGUCAAUCAAAUUUGAACUAUGGCGAUAACGCUGAACAUCAUCCGACAUUCUUAGAAGAUGAAGCGAAUUUGGAUGAGUUCAUAAUCAAUUACGAUGAAGAAAUAAAAGUAAAAAAAUCGUCAAAGCCACAUCAACAACAAAAUGUCUCACAAGCAAAUGAGAAUGAAAGUAUUUUUGUGGUCAUGACUGACCAAAAGCAACCAUCCACAAUUAACAUCAAUCCUUCAAUGAUUGAUAAACCCCAUCGAAUUAACGCAAUGUCUGACAAUGACAAAUUGAAUGAAAUAGAGGAUUCGGGUGACUCAAAUAAUGACGACGUGGUUAAUCGAGACGAAGAUGAUAUGACGAAAGAUGUGAAUAAUGUAUUAUUGGGUGGUAUUCUGAUUGCUUCUCCACCCCGAUCGGAUACACCGAAAAUGUUUAAUACAAACGAAUGUCGACCCGAUUGUAAGGCGUCACGAAACGAACUAUGUCAGAAGAUUGAGGGACAAAUGAAAUGUGUUUGUCGUCCAGGCUUUGCUAGAAUGUUCCCUGAUCGACCUUGCAAACCUACAUACACGUACACCAUUAGUCUUCCACUUGUAAGGCAUGGCAGCGAAAAACUAACGUUUGAGGAAGCCCUGACCAAAAACACUUCCCCGAAAUAUACUCAUCUAUCUCAAGUUGUACAUGAUGGACUUGAUCGAAUGGUUAUGCAAUCUGAUCUUCGCGAUAUUUAUCACGGCGUUCAUCUUAUUGAAUUUAGAAAUAGUUCCGCACACAGCCAUCCUGAGCUCGAUCAACAAGCCGAUGGCAGUGGCUUGACAAGUGUUUUUUAUCUCCAACUAUCAGACAAUUAUGAUGAUAUGCGUCUUUUGGACAUUUUCCAUAAAUACUUACGGAAUAAUAAUUACAGCCUCGGCGGUACUGAUCUGUAUUCAUCGAAUGCCCUCAUUGAUGAUAUGACCGCGACAGAUUUCGAUGAAUGCGUCAACUUCAACACUAAAUUCAAUGAUUGUUCGGAAGAUGCGCAUUGCUUCAAUUUGCGUGGUACAUACACGUGUAGUUGCAAAGAAGGAUUUGCUGAUUUAUCGGGUAAUCCCAUUUUUCCGGGACGCAUCUGUUCGGCCGAAUUAAUUGGCUGUGAAAAAUGUAACUAUCACGGCACAUGUUAUUCACGCGGCGACGAUCAAAUGCUAUGCGAAUGUUUCCAAUGGUAUGCCGGAAACAAUUGUCACGUUAAUUUGAAAGUGAUGCUGAUUGCGCUUAUCACUGUUGGAUUGAUUUUGUUCUUAUUGUUACUCAUCUGUUUGAUAAUGACGUGCUGCAAGCGUAAGCGACCGAAUAAUCGAACAUUAGUGGGAAUGGGAUUGGUUUCGAAUAAGUUGGUGACGAAUCAGCGAACUAUGGACCGAAGGGCUAUGAUCCAGGAAACCAGUAGUGAGACUAGUGAUGAUACACACACAUUGCCAUACGACAGAAAUAAGCAAAAUCAGUUGAACAAAAGCCAACAAAGCAGGAGCAAUUUGUCGCUCAACAAUAAGUUCACUAUUGCAACGCAAAAUUCGAGUGCCGGGCAUAGUGGUACACUGGGAAUGGAGCAGAAAGAUAGAUCACUCACAGUGAUGAUACCACGCGCAAAAUAUCAUCCAGCUGCUCCACCUCCGCCUCCAAUCGUAGUAGCAACAACUCGUUACAACAUGGACUCAGCACCUUCGGUGUGCAGUACCACUGAGGCAAAGUUACUAAGUUACUUGGACGCAAGUCCGACAGCAACAACUGAUCAUCCUCGCAAAAAGUCAACUACAAAUCCUUUGAAUAAGCACGGUGCAUUGAAUACUACUUCAACAGGUGCACUUAUAUCGGCUGGCUUUGAGGUGUCAGCUACUGUUGGCACGGAAAACGAUUUAUUCGAAAAGAUUUGGCUUUACAACAAACUGAAAUCUGAUGAGCCCGGAUUCCAACAACUACAGGAAAAAUCAAUAAAAAGCGAUGAUGUUGACAGUCGUCAUUUAGAUGCAAAAACAGAAGUGGCGUCGACCAUUACUGGGAACGGGGAAAAAGUGCUGAUGAGUCCGAUGGGUGAAUGGAUGGAUAUUGACACUCACAACGAAAUGACAAUGUCCGAGGCGAGGUCAUACUAUGAGACAACUAUUCAACCAUCGACAAAGACAUUCCGACAUACGGCUGGUAGUAAUAAGGCGCCAUCACGAAAUAAUGAGGAGGCAAAUACGAUGGCUGAAAGAGAUUUGGGAUCAACUUUUUUGCUGCCGCACACACAUUUGUAUAAACCAGAUCGAGGCAGCGACAUAUCUGGAUUUGAUUCUCUAUAAAGAAACGAUUUUCGCCAGGUAUUCAGAGUCAUCAAAACCGAAAAUACGAAACAGGUAUAUAGAAAAUAGACACAUUCAAAACUCGAAUCGUUUGUGACGUAAGUCCAUAUUGUGACGCUAAUUUAUUUAAUUUAUUUGUAAAAAUGAUUAUAAAACAAAAAACAGAAAAAAAAACAUAAUUUUGCGUAUGCAAACGGCUAUUACAGUGGAAUCAAAAUAGAAUUUUUUUUUUAAACUAACUAGUCCAUUGAACUCAAUUCAUUGCAAAUUUUACCUAAAAAUUAAUUCGAUUUAAUAGAUUUAUAAGUUAACAGCAAGAACUCAGUGAAAUUGAUGAAAAAAACAGCAUAAUUUCUAAUUAAUUCGCAUACUAAGAGUCAGUAUUCUUUAAAAAAAAUUAUGAUUAGAGAUCCAGCUCAACCAGAACAUGACAUCAGAUGACAUCAUUCACAUACCUGAUUGGUAAUAUCAAGAUUAAUAAUAAGGACGAAUGAGAUGAGAAUUGAUUUGAAAUUCAAAAUUUAGUGAUAAACGAUCAAAAAAAAUGUUUUUCUGACUCUUCUAAAUAAAAAACCGAAUAGAUCGAUUAACUGACUUUGAGACUAGGUCAAACUGUUGCAUACGCUGUAAAUGAUUAAAGUGACACAUAAUUUUGUAAAUUGAUGUUGAAGUGUGCCAAAAUAUGAAUUUAAUUUCUUCGCAUGAAAAUAGUUUAUUAUUAAUAACUUAUCCGAGACAGAUGAGCGCUGACACUGUUUAAUUUAAAUAAAUGUUGUUGAUAAAAAUCGGCCAGCGACUCAAUGAGUGGACUUUUUUGAAUGUCUGUCUUGAGUAUGAGAGUAUUAUGUUUUGAAAGCCUACCACUUUUGAUGUUUCACAAUUUUUUUCUUUUUAAUUUAUUUAAACUAACUUUUCUCCACUUAUUUAAUUUAUUUAUUUAUUUAUUAUUUUGACAACAAAAAUUGUGUA